ACAGCUGCUCCCGGAACCUUUCGACAGGAAUCGGAAGCGGAGGGAAGGUGUUGUGUGAGAGACAAGACGCGGAGUCUGAAAGUCUCACCUUGAAGCAUGGAUGAAGAUAGCCUCAUUAAAAGACGAUUUGUAACUGAAGCUGAAUUAGAUGAAAGACGCAAACGAAGACAGGAAGAGUGGGAAAAGGUUCGGAAACCCGAAGAUCCGGAAGAAUGUCCGGAGCAGGUCUAUGAUCCUCGAUCAUUGUAUGAAAGGCUUCAAGAGCAGAAAGAUAAGAAACAAGCUGAAUUCGAGGAGCAGUUUAAAUUCAAAAAUAUGGUAAGAGGCCUAGAUGAGGAGGAAACAAACUACCUUGAUGAAGUUGCCAGGCAACAGGUGCUCUUAGAGAAGCAGCGCAGGGAUGAAGAUGAUAAAGAGUUGAAAGAAUAUAGAAGUGCCCGCACAAAACUUGCAGCAAAUACUGACUCCAAAAAAGAUACUGAGAAGAAAGCAGCUGCUAAACCAGCAGAAAACAAGAGCAAGUUCUCUCAAGCAAAGCUAUUAGCUGGAGCUGUAAAACGCAAAAGCUCAUCAAGCUCUGAAGUAGUUAAAAAACAGAAGGUGGAUAACAUUGACAGAAGUGAUCAUGAUGAUGAUGACCCCUGCAGUCAACCAGAGUCUGAUUUCUUAACUGGCACAGCAAUCCAGCAUCCUUCAGCAAGUGUGUGUGUUGGAAUUCUCCCAGGCCUUGGGGCUUACUCAGGGAGCAGUGACUCAGAUGCAGAGUCCAGCUCAGACAGUGACAUUAUCAUCAACACUGGAGGUCGAAUCAUCUCUUCAGUCUUUCGUUCCCACCAUUUUCCCGAAAGCCCGUGAAGUGAAAUAUUCAAGAUGUUGUUUUGUUUGUGUAAGGGUGCUUUGUAACAGCAAGUUCCUGCAUAAAAUGGUAAAGAAAAGGUUUGUUUUUGGCUUCUUCACCUCUGACAACCAUGUGCGAAUACAAAAUUUCGAAUCCUGAUUCAAACUCUGAUUAGAUAUAGCAGCAGUUUACUGUGUAGAGGUGAAUGCCUUUGGACUUGAAUCUAAGGGCGAGAUACAUUGUUGAAUAUUGUCAACAUUUUAAGUGUAAAUAAUCCUUUUUACACUCGCAUGCUGAAAUAAUGCAGCUACUUAUAAGUUAAGACGAUAGAAAUGGUAGCCAUACUUUGGCUGGUAAUGUACAGUGAUGAAUAAAUUAGGAUACCUGUGGGUAUCAUUGUUGAUGGCCCUGGCCAUUUAAGAAGUAAAUAAAAUCUCUGUCGCUCCCCAA